GCCGACGAAUGCGCGGGGGAUGCGCUUGAGAGCGGCGAGGCGAUGGGGCGGAAGAAGGCGCGCGCCUCCCCGUGGGGCGCCCCCCUCGUGGACGCCCCGAACGAGGAGGGCGUCGAAGGAGGCCCUGGGCGGUGGCACCAACAAGGUCCUGAAGCCCUUCUGCUUCUUCUGCGACAGGGAGUUCGAUGACGAAGUGGUCCUGCUGCAGCACCAGCGCGCGAAGCACUUCCGGUGCCCAGAGUGCGGCGACAGGGAGAUCCGGGGCAAGUGCGAGAGCGUCCAGGGGCUCAUCGUGCACACCCUGAAGGUCCACUCCCGGGCGCUGGAGAGGGUCCCGAACGCCAUGCAGGGCCGCGAGAACCCGGAGAUGAACGUCUAUGGCAUGGACGGCAUCCCCAGCGAGCUCCUGGUGGAGAGGGGGUACCCCGUGCGGGCGGCCUCGGGGACGGACAAGCCCAACUCCGCCCCGCCGCCCGCGCCGGAGCCGGAGCCGCCGCCGCCGCUGCACGGGUUCCCAGGUAUGCCCGGGCUUCCAGGGAUGCCCCCGCUGCCAGGGGGCCUGCCCGGCAUGCCUGGCCUGCCGGGGAUGCCCGGCAUGCCGGGCGGCCUGCCCGGCGGCUUGCCGGGCUUGCCGGGGCUGCCGGGGAUGCCGGCCGGCGACCUCGCCAGCCUGCUCGCGGCCACGGCGCCGGCGCCGGCGCCGGCAGGCCUGCCCCAUGGCGCCGCCCCACCGCCUGGCGGCGGGCCCUCGCUAGAGGGCUUCCAGGCUUUCCUGGCCGCGCAAGGCGUGCCGCCGCCCGGAGGGCUGCCAGCGCCGGGAGGCACGGCGCCGGCGCCGUUCCCGCCGCUGCCUGGCGCGGCGCCGCCAGGCGCGGCGCCGCUCUCCGCCCUGGGCCUGCCGGAGCCCCUGGCGCUGGGCGCGCCGCCCGCGCUGCCGCCGCCGCCCGGCCCCGGCGACGCGGCGCCCGAGCCGCCCGACAAGCGCCCGCGGAGCGACGGGCAGGGCGGCGCAGGCGCGGCGACCGAGGAGGACGUCUCGGUCGAGGAGCGCCGCGCCAUGCUGCCGAAGUACAGCGGGCUGAGAUGAGGGGCUCCAGGCCCCGCGCGCGCGCCGGGCGGCGCGCCUUGCCGCGCGCGGCCACCGCGCGCGGCCAGGGCCCCGCCGCCUCGCCAACCUCGCC